UACACACAAUAUUUUGCAAGGAUUCAUUUAGACUGCAGCAUCAAAAUAAGUCCACGUCCACGUUGUUUUGCUGGUGGUGGAGAAUUUGAUGUGAUCUUCAGAUUACUCUCACUCUUAUCAUUGGCAGACUACGAGUAGGAGCCGGUAGGACUGACUUACUUACUUGCGCGAUAGCAAAACUACUUGAAAUCUAAUUUCAGACAGUUGUGUUUGUAUGUAAACAUCGGAAAAAUAUCCGUUGACCUUAUUUGUUUUUGUGAAAAAUAUGUCCGCCAUGAUUCACGGAGGACAUGGGGGAGAUUCGCCCGAAUUGAAAUUUGCGAACGCAUACCAACCCAAGAUUGACCCCGAUUCUCCAGGCUUAUCGGGACCCAGUAAGGAAUUCACUCACAGGACGAGGACCACUCCUCGGGAUGAAGAUGGAUUUGGAAGGAGCGAGAUUGGGAGAAGGUGCUGGGAGUGUGAGUGUCCGUCGGGAUAUAUUCCGCAUACUUGGAGGAAAACCUGUUCGAGUUGCAAGUGUCCCAAGGACUCACACGACCUCCUACACGACGAGUGGUUAGAGAUUCGUGAUCGACUCGGUUUACUUUCCAAAGACGCGACGGACCCCUUCCAGCGCCUCACCGCCAACCGUCCAUCCCACCUCCAAGGCUACACAUGGCUGCCCCCCAACCUAAACUCCACUCAGGUUGCCGAGUUUUACAAGGAUUUCCAGUCGGAUAACGUACCCAAGGUCGGGACGCCGGGGGAAGUUUACAGAGAUCGACAGAUUCUGCACCAGAUACCCAAACAAGACCUGGCUCUAGCAUAUUGCAAGCACGUCGACAAAGAACACCAUUCCGCUUACGAGGACUUUGUAAAUACGAGAAACGAAAUAGCUUUAGACGUUGGUUUCGUCGCUCCAGUUUCCAUCCCCGCGUCCAGUUGUGAGGGAUGCAGAAAACCCAUCCUCACUGGACAACUGGGAGUUUUCGCCCCCAAGUUUGGUGAGGACGCCGUAUGGCAUCCAGCCUGUUUUCAAUGCUUCACCUGCAACCAACCUCUCGUUGACCUGACGUAUUGCAAAUUCCAAGAAGCGCUAUCAUGUGAACGGCACUAUGCUGAACAAAUACAUCCAAGAUGUCAUGCCUGUGAUGAGUUGAUUUUCAGUGGGGAGUUUACCAAGGCGAUGAACAAGGAUUGGCAUUCGACCCAUUUCUGCUGUUGGCAGUGCGACGAGUCGCUAACUGGACAGCGCUACGUUUUGCGCGAGGAGCAUCCUUAUUGCAUCCGAUGCUAUGAGUCUGUCUUUGCCAACACUUGCGAUGAAUGUCAGCAGCUAAUUGGAAUUGACUCCAAAGAUUUAAGCUACAAAGAAAAACACUGGCAUGAAACUUGCUUCCUCUGCAGCAAGUGCAAGGUAUCCCUGGUUGAUAAGCAGUUUGGGUCUAAGGCAGAGAAGAUCUACUGCAGCAACUGUUACGACGCCCAGUUCGCCUCCAGAUGUGAUGGAUGUGGCGAAGUGUUCCGUGCCGGUACCAAGAAAAUGGAAUAUAAAACCCGACAAUGGCACGAAAAAUGCUUUGCUUGCUGUGUCUGCAAAAACUCUAUUGGAACCAAGAGCUUCAUUCCUCGUGAACAAGAGAUUUAUUGUGCUGGAUGUUAUGAGGAAAAAUUUGCGACGCGAUGUGUCAAGUGCACCAAGAUUAUCACGUCAGGGGGUGUAACGUACAAGAAUGACCCAUGGCAUCGUGAGUGUUUCACCUGUACGAAUUGCAACAAUCAGCUGCAAGGCCAGCGAUUCACAUCCAAGGAUGAUAAGCCGUACUGCGCUGACUGUUAUGGCGAGCUAUUCGCCAAGAGGUGCUUUACAUGCUCCAAGCCCAUCACUGGAAUUGGCGGCACGCGUUUCAUCUCGUUUGAAGAACGCCAUUGGCACAACAAUUGUUUCAACUGUGGAUCGUGCAAGGCGUCGUUAGUCGGAAGGGGAUUUAUCACCGAUGGCGACGACAUCAUUUGCCCCGACUGCGCCAAACAAAAGCUUAUGUAAAGAGUUGCAUGAAAGCAGCAAGAAAAAAUAGUCGAAUGGACUUUCUCUACCACCCAAAAACACUUAACUUCUCUUAUCAUCAUAAUAAUAUAUUCAUCGAACCUUUUUUGCCCAUCAUUAUUUAAUUAUUAUACAUAUAACACUUAAAAUCACGUUAUUAUAAAAAUCCCACUCAACUGAAAUACUUAAACCACUCAUGAUGAUGAUAUGAUUAUUAUUAUUAUAAGUAUUAAUUACUAAUUUCUUCACUUAAACCAACCAAACAACCAACAUCGCGUACUUUUUAUCUACUACACAACAUGUACCAAUAAUAAUGCAAAAGUGUACUUAUUUAAAGAACCACAAGGAAUCACAAGAUUUGAAAAGACGACUUGAAAAGAUCAUUUAAUCAUCAAACUUCUGAUCAUAAACGGAUGAAUGUUUUCUUCGGAGGGUUUCUCGAUCAUUAUUAACCAACCAACCAACCCACAUUUGCCUGCCAUUUUACUUAACUUACAUAAUUAAGGGGAAAAGUUGAAAAUAUUUAAAAUAUGUAUAGACUAAUUAUCAUCAUCUUUCUCUACGUACUAAUUGACGGUCAUACAUACAUAUUUCUAUAAAUAUCUAUAUAAAUGUAUCUAUUUUAGCAGAAAGACAAAGACUUUAUUGUUGUCAGUCAUUCAUUCGAAUCAAAAGGAAAGAAUGUAUGUAGCCCCAAGUGACUUAUAAAUAUGCAUUUCGUAAUGAAUGCUGUAAAUAUUUAACAUGGAAAAAAUAUAGUCAGUCAGCUAAUAACCUCUUUUUUGGAAUUUUAAGCUAAAAAAGUGUGGUUAAUUAAUACUUUAAAUUUCUUCAAGAAAUACUAAAACCAUCAACUUUGGUAUGGAAUUAUAAUAGUCAUUGCAAAUUUCGAAAGGUGCUUGAAUCGCUAUACUUACUGUAUAAAGAUUUACCAAUUUUGUCUCGCAAAAUGUGUGCAUUCUUUACAAAAAAAAUUGAAUGAGGGUGUGUACCUGUUAUAGAAAAUAGUGUUUAAAUUCUCUCCCGAAAAAAUGUUUUAUUGCUUUAAUUUUUUUUGCCAAAGUCCAUUUGCAAUUUUCAAAUACUUUAAUUUUUAUGAUUUGACUGACUGAAAGAAGGACUCGAGUCAAUUUGUGCUGCAUAAUACAUAAAUAUACUUAAAAAAAUAUGUGUUGUCAAAAUGUAUGUCAAAAUAUUGUUGCAUAAUGUAUCCUUUUUAAGUUGAGAUUGAAAAAUGUGGUUCGUCUUUUUGUUACCUUUUCAAUUUUUCUUGAUUUGAUUGAAUACUUAAUGCAAUUUCUGUUUUGUGGUGUGGUGUAAAACAAUCAAUGCUUAAGAAAUGAUGUUGAAGCGAUACUCUGUAAUCUCUGAUGAAAGAAAAUAAUGUGUAAAUCUCAUAAAAUCGCAGCCACAGAAAACUAAUCAUAAUAUCUUAUCAAUUUUUGAUUGUCAAAAAAAUAACAUGUACCAUUUAUGAUUAUUAUGAAUUAUAUAUAUGAAUGUGUACAUAUAUACCACACAAUUAUGCAUAAAAUUAGAAAUAAUCCCUCAUUAUUAGCUACUCUAAUUCUUGGUUAAGGAAUUGUGUUGUGUUGCAUCAAUUGUGUAUUUCUCGUGUAGUUCUUUGUGGUGCAGUAAAAAUGUACUAUUAUAUAAGUUACAAAUCAAAUUUAAAGGAGAAUAAUCCCAUAAAAAUGAUAGAAUAAAAAAAGUAUAGAAAAUGA